AAUGCAAUAUUUAAGCAGGGAUGUCGGUGAAAUUGCGUAGUAUACAUUACCUAGUACCAAAUUAGUAUACACUGAUUGUACACAUUUUAUGCUUUCAGAUGAUAAAUAUGAAAAAGAACAAAUGAACAAGAUACUGAAGAUUCCAGGCAUAACAGAGGUCGCAGAAAGUUUUCAGCAGCCCACAUGCAUGCCAGUGUGAUUCCUGCUAUGCUGCUCUUGACAGUGUUGGAAAUAGUAUUUUAUGCUGCUGUGGUCACCAGUGAGAACAGCAACCACAAGCAAUCAGCACCGAUGUUCAACUACAGCAGCAUUUCCCUGGCGCCGGAUCACAUACCUUACUUUCUGUACAACAACAAGAAGGUCGCCAAGCAGUGCGAGCUUGACCCCCUCUGUCCUUUUAAACAGUUUGCCUUGCUGAAUUUGUCUUCCUGUUGGGGUUAUGAGAAGAACUGUGAUCCAGAGAAGCGCUUCAGCUAUCCCAUUUGCACCAAAGUUGACUCUGGCUGGGUAGAUUCACUGGAAGCAGCGCAGGAUCUUUUCUGGAAGCAGGCUGAUUUUGGCUACGUCAAGGAGCGCCGCUCUGAGCUCAAAACACUUUGCAAGGCCAGCAAGCCUGGGGACUCCUCUUUGAGAUGCACUAGUCAUGCAAGAUUCUGUAAGGCAACUAACCUUUACCUGGACUUGCAGAAACCACGCAGAAGUCAUGAAAGGUACAAGGAGGACUUCAUUCAGAAAGGUGAGAUUGGUGGUCAUUGCAGACUCAACAAGCAAGCACUUGCGGCAGCAGGAGAGCACAAGAGCCCAUUGCAGUCUUGGUAUGCCGAGCUUCAAACAUACACAGAGUUGGAGUUUCAUCCCUUACACUCUGAAUCCUGUGACGUCAUAAUAGAAAAGCCCACAGUUUUCAUGAAACUGGAUGCUGGGGUGAACAUGUACCAUCAUUUCUGUGACUUUGUCAACCUCUACAUAUCCCAGCACAUUAACAACUCCUUCAGCGCUGACAUCAACAUAAUUAUGUGGGACACGAGUUUUUAUGAAUACGGAGAUUUGUUCAGGGAAACAUGGAAGGUCUUCUCACAAUCUGAUAUCAUUCACCUAAAGACCUAUGAUUCUAAAAAAGUAUGUUUCAAAGAUGCCUUUUUCUCCCUCCUCCCAAGAAUGAGAUAUGGUCUCUUUUACAACACACCACUUGUCUCUGAUUGCUCCAGUGAAGGGAUGUUUCGGGCAUUCUCCCAACAUGUCCUCCAUCGUCUGAACAUACUGCAGAAUGGACCCAUGGCAGGACGUGUUCGUGUCACCUUGCUGGGACGCAGUACAGAAUACAGAAGAAUAAUAAACCAAAAUGAGCUUGUAAAUGCGCUUAAAACAGUGCUGCAGCUGGAGGUCAGUGUGCUUGACUACAAAUACAAGGAUGUUCCGUUCCUUGAGCAGUUGAGGAUCACUCACAACUCGGACAUCUUCAUCGGAAUGCACGGGGCAGGACUUACACAUCUACUCUUCCUACCCGACUGGGCUGUGGUCUUUGAGCUGUAUAAUUGUCAGGAUGAGGGUUGCUAUCGAGAUUUGGCCCGGCUGCGGGGCAUUCGCUAUGUGACUUGGCACAAAAAGGACAAAGUGUUACCCGAGGACAAGGGCCACCACCCGACACUCGGAGACCAUCCCAAGUUCACUAACUACUCCUUUGACGUGGAGGAAUUCAUGCGCCUUGUGCUGGACGCUGCAGAUUACAUCACACAGCAUCCCAAAUGGCAGAGUUGUAACAUGCAUGAUGAACUGUAGAGUCCUUGAGUGGGUAAACAAAAUAAAUAAAUGACAUGAAAGUAGCUGACAUCAGUGGACAUAGUGACAUUGGUCCUGAGAGUUUUGCCCCCUCCCGCCCCCAAAAAUCUAAUUCUCUGUGGUCUAAGAAUUUGCUACAUUCUGUUGCCUGGUUUAGUAAGUCCUGAUGAGUGAAAUCUGUACGCCAGGCAGCUCAAAUGAGAUGUAAGCAGUUGACACAUCUGGAGAACUGCAAGGAGUACUUCUUCAUUACUCUACCAUGACUGCUUCAUUCCACAUGGAUAAAGUUGGCUAAUGAGCAGCUGUUCCAGUGUCCCGUAACAUGGGGCCUGUUGUUACUUUUGAUUAGUGUCACCUUGAUUCGAGACUCCUCUGAGGCUGUUGACGUUGAGACCUGAGAAACAGAAUGCAUUAACAAUAUAUCAGCGUCAUAGAAUAGGACUGUGCUACAUUGUGACACAGAAGGGUUCUGUUUUAUCAGUACCGUGAACCCCCACUAUUUGCGGUGGACAGCAACCAAGCCCUGCUGAUAAUAGCUAAAUGUUUUUUAAUUGCCUGUAGUUGUCACAAGUUGGCAGCAAUGGACUACUUAUGUGUAAUUGAUGCUCUCCACUCACUUCAUUGUUCCUUGGCACCAAGAUGUCACCAGAUGGCGCCAGAGCAAUACUGUUAUUGCAUUGACCUAAGCACAAAAACAGCAAGUAGGUGAGUUCUUAAGCAAAUCACUGCGGAUAGGUUAAUAAAAACUGUCAAUAGGCAAAUUUGUGAAUGGCAAACUGCGAAUAUGCAGAUUUCCACUGUGCUGUAUUGUAUUGGUAUAUGAGUGUCAUCGGUAUCAACACUAAGAUUGUAAAUACUCAAAAAACUUCAGUAAAAUAUUUGUUUUAAAUCAUUGAACACUGGGCUUGCACAUCUGUCUCACAGUCGAGAGGUCAUCAGUUCGAUUCUGGGCCCCGGCCUUUCUGUGGGGUGUUUGCAUGGUAGUUUUCUCGUCUACUCCGGCUACCUCCCACAUUCCAAAAACAUGCACGACAGGUUAGUUGAAGACUCUGGAUAGCCCAUGUGAGCUGAGGUAGGCUACAGCUCACCCGCGACCCUAAUGAGCGCUCUCGAAAAUAGAUGGAAGGAAAGUUGGACACUCCAAUCCCAAUUUAGUCAACUUAGUGUUUAAAUGUAUCAGACAGAGUUUUAAUUGAUUUGUAUGUGUAUUUAUUUUCUUUUUAGGUAAUUUUUCUUUCAUAUAGUGUAGAUACUGAGUCUUUUUACACUUGGUUCCCUUUAGCCAUCCAAACUUACUGCGAUUAGUCCAUACUUAUUGUAUAGGCCUGUCAACACUCCAGAAAAACUCCCAGUGAAAUCAAUCCAAAUUGCAUUCAUAGAAAUGAAGUCUUUGAAAUAAUGGUUAAUGGGGAGUGUAGUUUUUCUCAAAGCCUUUUUUUGGGGUACUAUCGAGAUUUUCCAAUGUAGGUUAACUGGCACAUUACACAGAGAAAUAGCACCAUUUUAUUGCACUCUACUGCUAUAGUAUUGGUGUUUUGCAUGACCUUGAUAUUUUAUUUAUCAAAGAAGCAAUAGUCAACUGUGGAACAGUUUGCUGGUCUGAAGUUUUAUGUGAAAAA